AGACGUCAUCUGAUGUUGGUUUGCGAAGGAUCGAUGAAAAUAUUCCCAUUCGAUCAACCACUGUGUACAUUUUCCAUGGAAAGCAUAUCGUAUGAGAAGUCUGAUUUAAAGUAUGUCUGGAAAGAAGACAAUUUUGUUUUAAUAAAGUCACCUAAUCUGAAAACUUCAAAUGCUUACUUGGAACGAAAUCGAACUUAUGAAUGUGCUUCUACUGGAAGUUGGAGAGGUAAUUACAGUUGUCUACAAGUGGAAUUGAUAUUUAGUAGAGAUAGGACGUUUUACUUCGCUACUAUUUUCAUACCAGGGUUAAUUUUAGUUACCUCAUCAUUUAUCACAUUUUUCCUAGAAUGGGAUGCAGUGCCAGCGCGGACAAUUAUUGGAGUUACAACAAUGUUGAAUUACUUUACGACCUCCAACAGUUUCCGCCGGACAUUGCCCGACGUGGCUAAUUUGACAGCUAUGAAUGUUUGGGAUGGAGUUUGUAUGUGCUUUGUGUUUGCCAGUUUCAUAGAAUUUGUAAUAGUAAAUUGUACGGGGAGGAGAAAUGUAAAAUCAAACAUUUCAAGUAACGCAGGAAGUUGCAGUAUUUCAAAGGUAUGAUUAUUAGCUCAUUAUUUAUAAAUCUGCCGCACUAAGAAAUGUAUAUACUGUCUAAAUAUGAUGUUUAAUGUUAAACAAUCUUUAACUUCUGUAUAAUGUUACAACUCGCGACUGUUGAGUUAAAAGAAUAUUUAAUAAGUAUGCUGUUAAACACGAGUCUUACGGAAGUCAGCCUGUUAAAAUGAAUAUGUUUAGGUAUACCAUAUUGUAGACAUACCUGUUGACAUUUUUUAUUUCUAUAUAUAUUGGUUGUGAUCACUGGUAAGACUUUUUUGUAAAGGUUCGUAAGCAAUCUUCACAAGGGAUUUAAAAAAAUACAUACAUAUACACAUUGAAUAAAUAGAUAUAUCUACAACAAACAACGGUCCUUGGCCCAGAUCUGGAACAAGGUGAGUAAGCAUGUGUGGGCAGACGAUUUAUACCCGGGGCUAAUGAAAUUAUGUUAAUGUUCUUCUAAUGUAUAAGAUAAUGCGAGAGAUUGUAGAACUAGGUAUACCUACCUAUGUUAUUAAACUAUACAAACAACAUACGUGUUUACUGUAAACAUUUUAUAUCGUAUUAUACGCACGCAAUCAUUAUUAAAUAUUUAAUAACGCUUAAUUAAAUAACCACCAACCAGUCUAAAAUUAUAAUUUAAUUUUUUAAGUAAGUCAACAUGAUUUUAGGUUUUUAUAGUAAACUGCCCUAAGGUGGUAGCAAUUCAUUAUAUUAUUAUUAUCAUUACCGAUCCGUAGCUGACUAAAUUUGCUAGCUAUGCGUUUCUUUGAUCGUGCAGACUCGCGAUUUAAAGUUAUAAACCUCAAACAAGAAAAAUCGAUUUAGUUUAUACUCACCGGCUAAAACGUAGUAAGCAUCUUACAUUGUACAAUACAUAGACAUAUAAAUAUAUAUAUUUUUUUUAGUAUUAUUCAAUGAAUUUCGUCCCUUGAUUGUUAUCGGGAAUACAAUAUAGACUAUAGAGCAUAAAACCCUUUAUUAUUCUGUAUGAACUAUAAUAUGAGGUAACGUACGUGAAAAAGUCUGGUAAAUCAGACCUCGGAAUUUUAUUAAACUUGGCACGUAUACAUUCUUAAUAACAUGGAGUUGUCGGUUAGUUGGCAUAUAGAUAUGUGUUUGUGUACGCGGUCACUGUAUAUUUCGUUUAAGGGCAACGUGGUAAUUUUCCAUAAAACCCAAUGCACAGCUACUACUUGGCGUAAAAAAAAUGUCACGAAUAAAAAGCCAUUAAAACUUUCACAUUCUCGCGGGAAUGAUAUAAUUUUUGAAACAUUCUUUUAUUCCAUUAAAAAAUGUAUUUAAUAUUCGUAUAAAAAUAAUGUACCAUAGGUACUCCAAAAACUCAAAACCUAGAGUUUUCCGGAUCCAUUACGUCCAAACUAUACGAGGAAUACUAUCAACUAAACAUUUUAUUUUAUAGAAUUUAUAAUGGGAAUUUAUUAUGGGAACGUACACAAAUAUAACAUAGGUAUCUACACUGUAAUAUAUGUCAGGGAUGUGCAACUGGCGGCCCGCGUACCAUUUUUCCUUGGCCCAUGCUACAUUUCAAUUUAGUCUAUAAAAAUAUAAAAUGUUAAGAUUUUUCUGUAUUUUAUUUUAUUAUAUUUAUAAAAUUAUUAAAACCGAUAUAAUGUUUAUCGUAAAAGUUAGACAUAAAUUCUUAUCCAGCAUUGAACUAUUUAAUGCAAACAAUAUAAUAUUAUUUAUAGGCGUAUUAUAGUUAACAUUAGGUUUUUUUUUUGCUUUCUAUGUUCUCUGGCCCGCUAGAUUUUCGCACAUUCAAAAUUGGCCCUCUAGUAUCAUUGAGUUGCCCAUCCCUGAUAUAUGUCAUUAUGUCAUAGAAAAAAACAGAAAUAGUUAGUAAUUUUGAAAAUAAAAUAAAUUGUUUGAUACGUUUAGUUUUUCUUUCGAAACUGAAACUAUAUUUUUUUAAGCCAAAUACAUCAAAUGUUAAUAUAAUAAUAUAUUUUAAAAUAAUGAACCCGUAUAAAAUUAUUAAAUG